AUGACUUUAGAUGAUAUAUGGCUUUCUGAUGAUGAAGAAUAUAAACCUGCCGCGUCUGAAAAUUACGGUUCGGGUGAGAAUGGUCCUGUCCAUGUUGACUUGCUCUUCCUAAAAAGAAAGCAUGCUAAACAAGGAUAUCUAGACGGGAUAUCGAAGGCCAAGGAAGAAAGCUUGCAACAAGGUUUUGACGAGGGAUAUCCUAUAGGAGCUCGGAUCGGGGCGAGAAUUGGCGAGAUUCUGGCUCAAAUGAAAACUCUCCUAAGGGUGUCAAAGAUCACAGCCAAAGAAUAUGAUUCUGCCUUCUAUGAACUGAACAUAAAAAAGGUCCUACAGACAGAUUAUUUCGAUUCCAAACUCGACAUGCUGGAUGAACGAAAACAUCCAAUAAUCAGGAAAUGGAUGGAAUUUUGUGAAUCCAAAAUGGAUUUGCAAAGCCAAUCCUACGAAUAA